GGCAGCGUGGCUGCGUGCGUCAGCUGUUUGUGUGGCGCGGAGAAGCUGGGCUGUCGACAGCGCUAAACCUAGCCGCGUACUAGCUUCCCGUGGGAUACUACACGAAGCUGAGUGAUAUUCGCUGCUCGGCCGCCGAGCCGGACGGACGUGUGGCGGCAGCGCUGGGAGGGUUGGCGUAAACAGCGGCUGUGUGGCUGUUACGAAGACUUCCAGCCACUAUGGCGGGGAGGCCCACCCCUGGCACUCACAGUCAUCCCCACAGCUACCACGGCCGGACUCCUGUUGUUGCAGCACCACCGACGACUCCAUGUCACACUACUCCACCUGAUGAAGCUGCCAUCGCUCGCAUGCGGAGCCUUUCUAGCAAGGAGAGAGUCAGGAGGCUGUCGCAGGCAGUAACAGAGGGAGCUGUGGAAGAUGUGCGGGUGUUGCUGGCGGCAGAUCCACAAAUGGGGGAGAGCGACAAACACAGAGAGAUGGCCCUGCGCAGGGCAGCAGGCAAGGGACAUGUGGAGAUGGUCAGAUGCCUGCUUGAAAGUGGGGUGGAUGUGCAUGCCAGGUCCAAUAAGCACACCACACCUAUGCACAGGGCUGCAUUCAAUGACCACGCAGCUGUGGUGCGGCUACUGGCAUCAUACGCUGCAGACCCCAAUGCCAUGAGUAAAACAGGGAGGACGCCACUGCACUGCACUGCACAAAAGGGCUGCACUGAGGCAGCUGUUGCACUGCUUGAGGUGGGAGCUCACAGGUCUGCCAGAGAUCAUGAGGGGUACACCCCCUUUGACAUAGCCAGGGAGUGCAACAAUGAGCAGAUCAUACACAUUCUAUCAAGAAGCCUGGUGUCAUCUCGACAGAGUGCCUGUAAGGACCACCACACAACCCACUGCACAGCAACUCUGUUCAGCACGUGCCGCUGCCAACUGCGCUCUCAUUGUCUCAGAGGCCAGCCUUCUUAACUAUGGCUCAAACAAACUGUACAGCUCAUGGAGUAAUGUUAAGAAUGUAUGCAUACAGUUGGAUCACAAAACUAAAUACGUCACACAAGAUGUGAAUGCUACACCAUUCGAAAAGAAUAGAAACCAGUGGUCCAAAUAAUAUUUUACGAAAUUACUAUGGAGACAGACACAACAUCACAGUUUUGCUUAAUUAUUUAAGAAAGCACAACGACCAACAGCCUUAAUUUCCAAAGAGGAUUUUGCAACUGACUGCCAAGUAGUAACAACAGCCUACCUCAUGAGUAGUGACAUAACAGCAAUGUAGCAGCAGCCUGUUAAGAACUCAGAAACUUGAGCUGCAGAAUUCAGAGAUAGUCAGGGGGACUUCUAUGGGAUGGGUUUAGUGUAAAACAGUUGAAGAAAUGACCAGUAACAGCAAUACACUCAUAAGUUAAAUCUCCAUCCUUGUAAUAUUGUCGUAUAUGCUCUUCUUCAUCAGACUGCUGCUGGCCAAACAAUUGUUGUAGCACUUGAGGCAAGAGAGAGACCUUCAACUAUGAAUACAACAAGAGAACAACACAAUUCACACAAAAUGGGACACAGAUGAAGUAACGAAAAUCACAAAAGUACAUGACAAAAAGUGCUUUAAUUUGGCCCAUAAAGCAAGUGAGUAAAUUUAAUUGACAGUGUAAGUCUAACACAUGUAUUUCUGUUACCUUAAUUAAUGGAAAUUAAUAUAUGUUUAUUGAUGGGAAUUGUACAGUUUCUCUGGUUUUCACUAAAUGAUACAGAAUUUUUGUGUAUGUUAAGAUGUUCUGUAAUGAUGAAAGCAUUCACAACUGCUGAAAAUCAGCCUCUCAUAUUACAGUAUCUCUAUAAAUCUAUACCACUAAUGUUCUUCAUGUUGUAAGUCAAGAGCUACAAUUUCAAAAACUAAUGAGAAGUUUUCAUUUAAAAGACAUUUCAGUUAUAUUGUGUGUAUGACUCAGAUUUUUAUGAGCAAUGUACCACAGAUAGGUUACUAGAACAACAUUGGCUGCUUCAUGACCUCAGCUGUUUCACAUCCUAAGGCCCUAACAAACAAAUCAAAACAAAACCAAAUAAACUAAGCAGAUAUAUAUUGGGCAAUAUAUAUUCGAUAUAAUCAUUGAAUCAGUGUUUCAAACAGAAAGACAUCAUUCAUGCCAGAUAGCAUAGAUUUCAAGUACAUUGAUUAUGUGAAAUCCAAGUCUCAAUUUUAUUACACGUUACUUAAAAUAUAUCAUUUAGUGCAGUCAGAUGGAUACAGUAUUUUUCAUUUUCAUAGCAAUGUUUAUUGAUGAAGGUAUGAUUUCAUGGGAUGUUAAAUGUAAUUUGUUACUGAAUUAAGCUUUUAUUGGUAGGGAGAGUCAUUGACAAAGUAAAAGCAACUUCAGGUAUAGCCCAUUGAGUUGUUUUGAUGUGCUGUUAUAUUUUAUGUUAAUAAACUAGCAGAGAAUAACGGUAA